AUGGCGUGGUCACCUCUUACCGGCCCCUGCGUGGCCCUCGUACUCGUCUUCUUCGGUUUGACCUCCUGCACUCCCUCCGGCCCAGCUUCUGCCACCUGUGCCACGCUGGAACAGAGUCGCUUCUUUGGUGUGUUUUCCUCGACGACCGUCCUGCACUCCACGCCGUGCUCGUGGACCCUGCAGAACCCCGAUCCCCGCCGCUACACCGUCUACAUGAAGAUCACCAAGCCAACCGACUCCUGCGUGCCGCGUCAAAUCAAGACCUUCCAGUUUGACUCCUUCAUCGAGACCUCCCGCACCUAUCUGGGCAUGGAGAGCUUCGACGAGGUCGUCCGGCUGUGCGACGCGUCGACCACUGUCACCUACCUGGAGUCCACCAAGCAGUUCCUGCAGAUCCGCAAGGUGACCACGAGGAACGGCGUGGAGAUGGUGGAGGGGCAGAAUGAUGUCAGUGAGUUCAAGCCUGAGUUUCUGGUCGUGGGGAAAAGGAACCCAAGCAUGCCCGCCUGCCAGAUGCUGUGCCAGUGGCUGGAGAAGUGCCUGUCCAGUAGCACCCAUGAUUAUCCCUGUGGCAUCAUGAACACACCAUGCCAGUGCUGGGAGGCCCCGAAGAGGAAGCCAGGGAGCUGCUACAGAGGCGGCGUCUACGUUGAGAAAUGCUUUUCUGUUUCCCGUGACAGCAUCCGCGAAACUGAGAUCAUCAAAGGCUGGGCUGGGUGGGGCCGCUGGUCAGCAUGCAGCCAGGAAUGCGAUGGUGGAGUUCAGGUGCGCAGCCGAGCCUGUCAGCCCGAGGACCGCGUGUGCGAAGGAACCGUUGAAGAGGGACGGGCCUGCAACCCUCAGCCCUGCAUUGGCAAAGAGCGCAACAGGAGCCAGGGUCUGCGAGCCAUCGUCGGUUUGAAGAGAGACAAUGCUGAUGAUUCUCACCAUGGAGUCGUUGCAACCCAAACAGUAGAUUCUAAGACAGAUGAGUGGUCCCCCUGGAGCGCUUGUUCAAUCACCUGCGGAGAAGGGUGGCAGAGCCGCACCCGCGUCUGCGCCACUUCCUCCUUCAUCACACAGUGCACCGGCCCGCUGCGUGAGAACCGGCCCUGCAACAACACCGCCGUCUGCCCCGUGGACGGUGCUUGGGACGAGUGGACCCCCUGGAGCCUGUGCUCAUCCACAUGCGGCCGUGGUUAUCGUGAUCGUACCCGCACGUGCAAGCAGCCCCAGAAUGGAGGAGAGCCUUGCCGCGGCCCCACAAGACAAACCAAGUUCUGCAACAUCGCUGUCUGCCCAGUGGACGGAUCCUGGAAUGAGUGGUCUGUGUGGAGCGCAUGCACCACGUCUUGCUCCAAUGGCACCAUGCAGAGAAUCCGGGAGUGCAACGGGCCGUCCUACGGGGGCUCCGAGUGCCACGGCAGCUGGAAAGAUUCAGACACAUGCUUCCUGAAAGAAUGCCCUGUUGAUGGACGCUGGCAUGCAUGGAGCUCUUGGAGCAGCUGCAGCAAGACUUGCGGUGGCGGCGCCCAGCAGAGACAGAGAGUCUGUGAGGGGCCCUUCUUUGGUGGAGAGCCUUGCCCUGGGGAAAAGGGAGAGCAGAAGCGUUGCAAUGAGAAGAGAUGCCCUGAGCCCCAUGAGAUCUGCCCUGAGCAGAACACCGGAGAUGUCGUGUGGAAGAAAACCCCCGCCGGAGACAUGGCUGCCAUCGCCUGCCCCGCUGAUGCUUCAGGUCUGAUUUUGCGCCGGUGCACUCUGGACGCUGUAGGUCUCGCCUCCUGGGAGAGCCCGACUCACAUCAAGUGUGUCUCCAGGAACUACGAGAACAUUCAGAUGAUGUCGAGGGACUACAACUCCAAAGCGCAGACGGGACAGAGCAUCGACGGGGUCAGCGAGGUGAUUUCACGCCUGAGAGUCUCCUCCGAUGAGGGCGCCCAGUACAGCGGAGACCUCUUGGCUGUCAUGGAGAUCCUGAAGAACACCACUGAACAGUACAAGGCCACCGGCCUGAGAUUGAGUAACGCUGACAUUGAGAACUACGUCCAGACAAUCAGCAACUUACUGAAGGAGGAACAUCGUGACAAAUGGGAAGAGGCACAACUGAUGGGCGCCAACAUGAAGGAGUUCCUCCGCCUUGUCGAGGACUCUGUGAACAUGAUCGGUAUGCAAAUGAGCGGCUUUCAGGACAUCUACGAAGUCACCGAGAAUUUAGUGCUGAGCAUCCACAAGCGCCCGACGACCGCCAACUCCAACUUUACCUUCCCCGUGAAAGGCUGGAGGGGCAUGCUGGACUGGGUCAGGACCUCUGAGGAGAAGAUCUCCGUGUCCCGUGACGCCCUGCCCAUUGGACAAGCUGAUGGCAACGAUGCUUUUGUGACCGGCAUCGUCCUUUACAGAAACCUUGCCUCUAUUCUGUCCUUCCAGAGCAACACCACCCUCAUCAACUCCAAGGUGGUGACAGUGAUCGUCAACCCCAGCCCGUCUCACCUGUCCACCCCCAUUGAGAUCGAGUUCCCCCACCUCCACAAUGGCACCAUGAAUGAGACGUGCCUCUCAUGGGACGAGAGUGAAACUUCCUCUCUGCUCGGCUCUUGGUCUGCUCGGAGCUGCAGAGCGGUCCCCGUUCAUUCAUUCAGAACCAAAUGCGUGUGUGACAGCCUCUCCACUUUCGCCAUCUUAGCGCGCGUCAACUUCGACUCGAUCAUGGACAAGUCACUGCUCCCGUCCGUGACUCUCAUCGUCGGCUGUGGGGUCUCGUCUCUCACCCUGCUGCUCCUCAUCAUCAUCUACGUCUCCGUGUGGAAGUACAUCCGCUCCGAGCGCUCCGUUAUCCUCAUCAACUUCUGCCUCUCCAUUAUAUGCUCCAAUGCCCUCAUUCUGAUCGGACAAACUCAGACUCGCAACAAGGUGGUGUGUACUCUCGUUGCUGCUCUCCUGCACUUCUUUUUCCUCUCCUCUUUCUGCUGGGUGCUGACAGAAGCUUGGCAGUCCUACAUGGCUGUCACUGGUCGUCUGCGCAACCGCAUCAUCCGCAAGCGCUUCUUGUGCUUAGGCUGGGGCCUUCCUGCACUGGUGGUGGCUGUGUCUGUGGGUUUCACCAAAGCCAAGGGAUACGGCACCGUCAACUACUGCUGGCUGUCUCUUGAGGGCGGACUCCUCUACUCCUUUGUUGGCCCUGCUGCAGCUGUUGUUUUGGUGAACAUGGUCAUUGGUAUUCUGGUCUUCAACAAGCUGGUAUCCAAGGACGGCAUCACCGACGUGAAGCUGAAGGAGAGAGCAGGAGCGUCCCUGUGGAGCUCCUGCGUGGUUCUGCCCCUCUUGGCCCUCACCUGGAUGUCUGCCGUCCUGGCCAUCACCGACCGCCGCUCGGCCCUCUUCCAGAUCCUCUUUGCCGUCUUCGACUCUCUGGAGGGCUUCAUCAUUGUCAUGGUUCACUGCAUCCUGCGUAGAGAGGUUCAAGAAGCUGUAAAGUGCAGAGUAGUCGACCGCAAGGACGACGGCACUGGAGAUUCUGGCAGUUCCCAUCACAAUGCCAACCCCCAGCUUAUGCAGUCUGACAAUGAAAAGGAGAGAGAUUCAAGCAGACAAGGAAUGAAGAGUUCCUCUGAAGAGAAAAUGCCUCCACCUCAGAUGCCUCUUCCCAUGGGCUCCAACUUCCACACCCUGCCAUCCAACCCGAGUAAGAGCCACAUGCAGGCACUCCCCGAAUAUUCCAGCCACACCCUCACCCUGAAGAGAGAGAAGAGCCGACUGGCGGGAGGAAUCAACCCAUCCUGCGGGAAACCCGUGUACGUCUGCGAGGGGGAGCUUUUCCAGCAGCUGGACGUCGAUCUCGCUCGGGCUCAGGCCGAGGGAAGCAUCUCCGACGGCAGCAGCUACGUCCUCAUACCCAACACCACCUCCACCCUGAGGUCCAAGCCCAAGGAUGACCCCACGAAAUACAACAUCAGCGUGGAGCAGCUGCCACAGGCCAGACUGAUGCACCUCAGCGGGCCCUUUGCCGAGCCCCAGGCGGCCUUCGGGAUCAAGUCCAUGCCCCUGGACCAGGUCAGCGUGUCGUACUCGGAGAGAGACUCGCCCAUCCAGAACAUCCACAACAUGUCCAGCGAGUCUCACAUCACCCACAGCAGCCUGGAGAACACCUUUGAGUCCAUGAACUCCAUGAUGUCCAAGAGUGAGACCAUCUCCACCCUGUCCAUGAGCUCCUUGGAGAGGCAGAAAUCCCGUUAUGCUGAGUUGGACUUUGAGAAAAUAAUGCACACAAAGAAACGCCACCAGAACAUGUUCCAGGACCUAAACAGGAAGCACCAUCACGCUGAGAAAGACAGGGAGUCACCUGCUUCUGACAGCAAGUCUGUGAGAUGGAGUGUGUCUUCAGGAGGAAGUGACAAAACGAACCACAGUGACAAACAGCAGGGUCCUCUGGAGAGGCCGUGGGAGGGGGUCCGGGUCAUACAGCAGUCGCCCCCUGCAUGGGUGCGUAAAGACCUGGAGCCCAUUGUCGACUCUGUGGAGUGGGAGAAGGCCGGCACCACCAUCCCUCUGGUGGGACAGGACAUCAUCGACCUGCAGACAGAGGUCUGA